AUGCACCAGUUCAGUGAUGCGGAGGAUGACAAUUCGCCGUAAGUUAAAUUUCAUUUCAAUUAAAAAUGAACCUAUUUAGUAUAGUGAAGUAGAGAGUAAGUAAGUUAAUAUUCCAUUAAGCCUAUUUAAAAUAUUAAAAUUCCCACAUUUGUGGUAAGGUAUUAUAUAGUUAGAAAUCCAAUUCAAAUUUGGUGAUAUUUUCAAGUUUAGUUUUGACCCCGAGGUUAGGUUAGGUUAGGUGUGGACUUGAAAACAAUUUUUGAUUUAAAAUUUAUGAACAAAUACCGAUAAAAAAAAAUUCCAGUGUUUAAAAAGUGGAGUUAUUUACUAUUUAAGAAACCAAAGUUUAUUGUACAUGUACAUCUAACCAAUGGUAGUCGGUAAAAGAACAAAAAUUAAGUAACUUAAACAAAAAAAAAUUUUUUUUAAAUUAAAUUACGAAUAUAACACCUAAUAAUAAUAAAUUAUCUGUUAUAAAUCACAACCUUUUACUAGGUCCUGAUAGGGUUUCCAGUUUCUACAUUAUCUGAUAUAAGUUUAACUAUAAAUCAGGGUUAAAGUUCAAACAAAGACAGUAAUACUUCUCACGAUGGGUGAGUCACUGUUUAAUAGUUGGGAAGGUAGAAUAUAAAAAUAAAUUAAAUUUAUUUUUAUGCAACGAUUAAUUAUUACUAGCAUAAAACAAUUCUGGGUGGAGUUCGGUUAUUCCUUUUUUUAAAGGUUGUUAUAUUUACGAUUUCCGUAGACAUUUGAUACUAAAUUCAUAUAUAAAAAAAAAAUUUAACACACAACAUUUUUUUUUAUUAACUACUGAUAACUUAUAAUAAAUCUCCUGUUAAAUUUUCAGGUUAAUUUGUUUUAUCUAAAACAAUUUUAUCCACAGUGUAUCUCUGAAAAAAAUUACCUAAAAAACUCGCAAAUUUCAAAUGUUCAAAUAUUUUGAAAAUUUUACUGUGUUUAUGUGUAAAUAUAACAUUUCUAUAUACAAUUUUAAGUUUCUAUAAACAUUUUCAACUCAAAAUUAACAAAUACACAAAAUUUAAAAUAAUUAAAGUAUUGUUUUUACACAUUUUCCUUGUUUUUGCCAAUUAUUUUGUAAACUGCUUUAAAAAUCAAAAAGUAGCCUCCUUUUAGUACUAGCUCAGAAAAUUUCCUCACAAUAUGAAAAAAAAUUUUAAAAAAUAUUAUUAUAAAACCAAAAAAUUCCUUACUUCUCACAGAUUCUAAAAUAACUUACAAAAUGAGAAAGUUCAAAAAUAUAACUAUAACUUCAAUAAGUCAUGAAUAUUAGGUAGUUGUACAUUUGACUGUUCUGUUCAUUAAGUGAAUAAAAUUUGGUCUGUUAACAGUAACAUCUGUUACUGAAAAGUUUAGUAAAUUUUAUUACAAUUAUAUUGUAGUGAACAUUUCUUGACAGUAAAAUAAAUAUUAUUUAAAUUAAUAUUUUCUAAAUCUAAUAAAGGUGGUGAGAAAAUGGUAUUAAAUGGUAUAUUUAUAUAACCAAGUAUAAGGGAAAAAAUUAUUUUAUUUAGAAAUGUUCAACACAGAAUAAUAAAUUGUGUUAGAAUCGUGGUAUCAGUUCCACAACAAUUAAUUUAAAGAUUUUAAAUUUUUGUUAUUUUUUUCUUGAUAUUAUUUUCCAUUGUUAUCUUUCUCUGUUUUUUGGGGGGGAGGGGGGAUUCUAAACCAAAGUUAAACAUUUUAAACCAAACCUCAAAUUGCACGACAGUGUAAUUUUUUAAGUGUUUUCAAUUAAUGUUUCACGCUGUUUAUAUUUUUGAAGUUUUUCAAUAUUUUGACCUUUUUUUGUUUAUCUAAGAGCUAGUUUUAAUUCUCAUUUUUAUCUGUUAUUAAUAAUAUAUAAAUUUGUAUGAAUAUACUAAGUUAUACAUAUGGAUUUUAUUACUAUUGCAUUAUUAUUCAAUUGGUUUUCCCCUGAAGACUAAUAGGCGGUGUAAAUCUAACAAUCAGGUAGAUACCUAAACAUUGUUUACUUAUAACUAAUUAAAAUUUUUAGAUUGAUUAUCAAUGAUAAAGAUGAUGUGUGUAAAUUGUUUGGCGAAAUGACUUUUAAAAAUAAUGGCCGUAAAUUAGUAAAUGAUCAAAGUACAUAUGAUAGUGAUUAUUCUGACAAUGACAGUAGUGAUGACGAAGAACUUUUUGAUACUGGUAUAACUAACAAGAAGAGUUUAAUUACUUAAAUUGAUCACUUUAAUAUUUGUUGAAUAGGUUGUUACAGUAAAAAAGGUGCAAAUGAAAUCAAAGCUCAAAUACAAUCCAACACUCCUAAUCAACAAAACAAAAACAUAAAAAUUAGUGAUUAUCAACCACCCGAGAAACUAUUUAAAAAAUAUUUAGAUAAAGUUAAUACAGACCCAUAUGAAGGCCCUGUACUUACUCAUGAAGCUUCUAACAGACUGAUGGAAAGCUACAAAAAAGCAGAUGCUAUGAGGUAUAUAUAUAUUCAUACAACUUUAAAUAAAAUUAAUUAUAAUAUUUGUAUUACAUUUUGCCAUAUUUUAGGAUUAGAAAUAAAGACAAGUGUGAUCGAGCUACAGCAGAACAAGUUAUGGAUCCAAGAACUCGAAUGAUACUUUUUAAAUUGCUUAAUAGAGGGAUGAUUGGACAAAUUGAUGGAUGUAUAUCUACUGGCAAAGAAGCAAAUGUAUAUCAUUCAAUUUCAGCCGAUGGGGACAAUCAUUAUGCUAUUAAAGUAUUUAAAACGUCAAUAUUAGUAUUCAAGGAUCGUGAUCGUUAUGUGUCUGGGGAAUUCAGGUAUUACUAAAACCAAUGAAUAAUUAUUUAGUUAUUUAUAAGUGUUAUAUUUAAAAAAAAUUAAACAAUUGGACUACAAUAGUCACACUCAUUUAAUAAUUAAAUAAAUAACUCAACUUUACACAAAAUACUAAAAUCUCAACAGCUCUAAUAAAAAAAUAAAUAUAUUAUAUUUUGUUACAAAAUUUCCAUCUUAAAGUACACUUUAAUAUGCUUCUCUCAAAUUUGAAAAAUUUUAUAAGCUCAUUGAGGUCAACAAAUUUUUGAUUUUCAUUUUUUCUUUAUUAUCUACACAAAGAAAAAAUUUUGUUUCACAAAUUGUGAUUUAUUCUCAAUUAUUUUGGUUUUUUUUAAGUAAGACUGGCAAAAUGGUAGCAUAAGGAAAUUUGUUUUCAUUGAAUCACAUAGUAUCAACACAUUUGGAUAUUUAAAGUUAAAUGGUUACAUAUGAAGCAUAGACGUUAAUAGCAUAUUGCACAAUUUUAUUUUUAACCGAAAUAUGAGUAUGUAAAAUAUCACAAUUUAAAAAUGAUUAUAUCUUGGUUAAAAACUAAAAUAUUAAAAAAAACAUCAACGCUAGAGUACUUAUAAUCUUCUUACCUUUAAGUUUGGUUAUAAGUCAAUUUGCUUUAAUAUUAAAACUAACGGCACAAAAUUUGUAGUUGUAAAUUCGGAUGUGAUGUCCUUGUAAGAACAUAGACCAAGAACACUCAACAGCCCUGGGUGUUUCGUGAGGAAAUAUUGUCACGUUUUGUAUAUUUUCAUCACGCUAAAAUUAAAUGUUUCCAUUGCUAUAAAUAAUUAAUUAAAUGUUUUCAUUGUUUUUAGAUCUUUUGAAUCAAUUUUAUCAUCAGAAAAAAUGCAUUAUAUUUAAAAAUUUGAUGUAUUGGUAUCUUUUUAAAGUUUACAAUUUUAAGGCUGGUCAUAACAAAAGAUAUUAACCUAUUGGUUUUAGAUUUUGCAUACACCAUAUAGCCUGUCAAUAUCUUUUUUGCAUUAGACAUUUACGAUAUGACCACUUUCGGUCAUUUUAAUACACCUUACUAUAUAUCUCUCAUCACUGCUGGUUUCAAUAAUUACUAUUAGUCAUAAACGUCCGUACGUUUUUUUAGCUAACGAGUGGUGGAGGGGAAUUUCAUCUACACUGCCCCAGCAGUCAGUCACUAUACUCAAAUAGUGAUUAUUGAAUUAUUUUUGUUUGAGAUAAAGUAUAGUAUUUAUUUUAUUAUUUAAUAUUGACUUGUUUAGAUAAAAUGUUCAUUCUCUCCUUACAUUGCCAUUUGAAUUUUUUUUUUUUGAUAACAGUGGCAACUAUCUACAAUAAUCUAGGAUAUUAGAGUUGAAAUAUACAUUUUAACAAUGUUUGAUCACAACUUCUUUAACAAUACAUUUUGCAGACAAAUUCAAACAUUUUCAAAUAUCGACAAACACAUCUUUUCAUUAAUACAAUUUCAAAUCCUCGGCAAUGGUGAUAAAGUACACUUGUUCCAAAUUCUGUUCCUAAGUGUUUGAAUUUACCUUUUACCUGACUGUAACAGGGUGUUGUAAUUUUGUUGUUUUAAUUUCACCAUAACUCCUAAAUGGCUGAAUCAAUUUUGAUAUGUAUAAAUUCAGUGGAAACCAUACCUAGAUUGCCAUAAUAAAUUAUUUAUUUGAAUUUUAAUAAAGCCCCACCACUUCUAUUAACUUCUUCUGAAUUUACCUAUACUAUAGAUAUAUAUUUAAAAAUGUAUAGGAUAUGUAUAAAAUAAUCUAAAACAUUUAUUAUUUUUAUAUUCAGUUUAUAUUAUGAGUAAACUUAUAAGGUUAGGUUAUAUUUUAUUAAAUAAUUUGCAUAAUAUUGAAUAAAAACAUACUUUGUAAAAACAAAAUAAAAAAGAUGUAAAUAAUAUAAAUUAAAAAACUUGACUGUAAAAUGCGAAAAAAAAAAAUCAAUAGAAAAAAGAACAAGACAAAAUAUAAAUUAAUUUAAUUCUCCCUUGGCUUGAGGUAGUCACAGUUUUCAGCCUUUAAGAUGCUACUGAAAAGUGAUAGAAAAUGCAAUGUAGAUUGAUCUCUGAUGCCUCUCAUGUUCAUGACUACAUUUUCUAUCACAUUUCAAUAAAGAAGCAUAAUCAUUUUUUUUAUUUUAUCAUUUCUAUUUAUUUUAUUUCAUAUUUUUAAAACUAAUAUUUAUUUAUAAAAUCAUUCCCAACCCUUAAUGUUAUCAUUAAUUGUGUUGUUAUUUUUAUGUAGAUUUAGACAUGGUUACUGUAGACAUAAUCCACGUAAAAUGGUUCGUUUAUGGGCUGAAAAAGAAAUGCGUAAUCUCACUCGGAUGUACUCAGCUGGCCUACCAGUACCUCAACCAAUUUUGUUAAGAUCUCAUGUAUUAAUGAUGUCUUUUAUUGGUAAAGAUGGUUGGCCUGCUCCAAAGUUAAAAGUAAUUGUGCUGCAUAAUUAUUUGAAACAUAUAUCUUUAAUUUUUUGACAUUUUUACAAUCAUAUUUUCACAGGAUGUUCAUCUUUCUGUAUCUAAAGCAUGCCAACUUUAUAGAGAUUGUUUAAUAAUUAUGUGGAAACUAUACAAUAUCUGUAAAUUAGUACAUGCUGAUCUUAGCGAGUUUAAUUUAUUGUAAAUACAAUUUCAAAUAUAUAUUAGUUAUAUUCUAAAUGCUAUAUCCUAUAGAUACUUAAAUACUGAUAUCUAAUUAAUAGGUAUAAUAAUGGUGAAAUAGUCAUGAUUGAUGUAUCACAAGCUGUUGAGCAUGAUCAUCCAUAUGCUUUAGAAUUUCUUCGUAAAGAUUGUACAAACAUUACAGGUAAAGUUUAUUAAAGUAUUGAAUAAAUUGUUGAAAAUUAAAAUCACUAACACAAUUUGUUGUAUUAUGGUUUUAGAAUUUUUCCGACAUCAUGAUGUUGCUACUUUAACUAUUAAAUCUUUUUUUGACUUUCUCACUGAUCCAACUAUCACAUUAGAUAUUAUGGAAAUUUGUCUUGAUAAACUACAAAGUAAUACAGAAAAUGCAGAUCCAUUAACUAAUGAAGAAAUAAUUGAACAAGAAGUAUUCAAAAAUGCUUACAUCCCCAAAAAUCUUAAUGAGGUAUAUUACAUUACAGUAAAUCUAUACUUUUAUUAAACAAUUGUUUAAAAUAGGUUGUUGAUUUUGAAAGAGAUAUCAGUUUGAUAAAAUCUGGUCAAACAAGUGAAGAUUUAAUUUAUCAGAAAAUUGUUGGUCUAAAAGAAGAUUUAUCUGGACCUCAAAAUAUACCAGUAUUAUUGGAAGAUAAUGAUUCAUAUAGUACCAUCAGUACAUCAGAAGAUGAAAAUAUUAAUUCUGAUAAUAAAAGUAAAUUUUGUAAUUCAGCUAGGCCUAAAAAUGAAGAUACUGAAAACAAACGAGUAAGAUUUAAUGUUUGUCUGUAUAAUAAAAACUUUUAUUUUACAUUAUUCAUGUAUACUUUUGUAUGUAUGGUGGUAUUAGUUACGAAAAAAACAAGUAAAAGAAGAAAAAUCAGAAAAAAGGAAGAUGAAAGUGAAAAAACAUUUGAAAAAAAGAAAAGAAAAAACAACUCAAUGCAGAAAAAAAUAA